AUGUCUAUACUGAAUAUCAUUUAUUGGAUUAUUUUUGGAAUUGUGUGCCUUAUUGGUAUUUUGGCAAAUGGAUUUAUCGUAGUGGUGAAUGGACACCAAUGGCUGCAAAACAUGAAAAUGGGCCCUUAUGAUAUUCUCCUGGCUAGUUUGAGCACCUCCAGAUUUCUAGCACAGUCAACUAUUCUGGUGACCAGCUUCUUGAUCUGCUGCUUUCCAAAGACUAAUUUGUAUAAUUCUUUAAAGAAGUUAAUACAUUUUUCCUGGACGUUUCCCAACAUGGUAAGCGACUGGUGUGCCACAUGGCUCAAUGUUUUUUAUUGUGUAAAGGUUACCAACUUUGCCAACCCUCUCUUCCUGUGGAUAAAAGCAAGGAUCAAUGUGCUCAUACCCAGGAUGCUUGGAAUGUCAAUAUUAGUCUCCAUGGUUUUCUAUCUUUAUUCAUUUGUCAGCUUUGAACACAAAGAGUGUUACAAUGUGACAGGAACUCUGUCAGGCAAUGCCAGUGAAAAUGAAGUUUGCAAGAGCACUUUCAUUUAUUUUGUCCCUGUGGAAUUCUCUUUUUCUUCUGCAAAUUUCUUCCUGAGCACAACUGCAUCCAUCCUUCUGAUUAUUUCUCUUCACAGGCACACAAGAAACCUGAAGAAAAGCGGUCUUGGUGUGAAGGACCUCAGCACUCAGGUCCACAUGAAAGUCAUGAUAUCUUUGCUGUUCUAUCUCUUCUUCUAUCUUGUCUAUUUCAUUGGUAUGAUAAUUUAUACCAAAAGCAUUAUUAAUAAGGAAGAAUUUGACAAACUACCUAUUACCAUCUUGUUUUCUCUGUUUCCUUCUGCACACUCCAUUAUAUUAAUACUAACCAAUCCUAAACUGAAAGAAAUGGCUCUUGUGGGCCCAGGGGAGGGAUGGAGGAAGGGACAGAGAGAGUCGGUGGCAGGCGCAAUCUUUGCCCUCCGGGGCGUCUCUUCCUCCUCCUCCUCCAACCCACCGCACCACCGACCUGCAGCCCAGCGCCCACGGAGCGACGCACCCAUUGGCAUGCCGCUGCCGCCGGAGCUGUUCCAGGUCCGAGAGGCCCUCCUGACAGGGCUGGCACUGCAUGUGCUCCAGAGUGGCGAGAGGGGCCUGGCCCAGCAGAGACAGAGAAAGGGCUCCCCGCCUGCUCCUUCCUUGCGCCCCAAGCCCUGGGCCUGGUCCCCCUCCACCGCCCUGAGCAGCUGGUGCCUUCGGGGCUGCCUACCUGGGCCACUGCCAGCCUCCCUCCUCCAGUUCAAGCAGCAGAUCCACACUGGGUGA